AGGGGCAAGGCAAGGUCACUCGGGUGACGCGUGCCACACUUGUAGCUAGGGGGGGAAGAGUCACAGUCUUCUUGGCGUCCGCCAGUACCACGGGAGCAGCUGCACCCGACUGUUGUCGCACCCGUGUGUACAGUUACGUCGUGUUGACGGGUCGAGUCCCCAGCCCUACUCGCUGCAUCUCGUUUUGGAAUAUCAAGAAAGGCUUCUCCGAGUCCACUAUAAGCUGUUCAAGAUGUCCGACAACGGCGUGUACAUAGUAUCGGCGGUGCGUACUCCAAUCGGUUCGUUCAUCGGCCAGUUUGCCGGCACGCCCGCGCACGAGCUGGGCAGCGUGGUGAUCCGGGAGGCCGUGGCGCGCGCCCGGGUGGCUCCCGGGGACGUCUCCGAGGUCAUCAUGGGCCAGGCGCUGACGGCCGGCCAGGGUCAGAACCCCGCCCGCAACGCGUCCAUCAGCGCCGGCCUGCCCGUCUCGGUGCCCGCGCACGGCGUCAGCAUGCUGUGCGGCUCCGGGCUCAAGGCCGUGGCCUCGGGCUACCAGGCGAUCCGCUGCGGGGACGCCGCCGUCGUGGUCGUCGGCGGCCAGGAGUCGAUGACGCGCGCCCCGCACGCGGCCCUGCUGCGCACCGGGAUCAAGGCCGGCGAAGUGGGCCUCAAGGACACCAUGAUGCACGACGGUCUCACAGACGUGUUCCACGACAUCCACAUGGGCAUCACGGUUGAGAACCUGUGCGCCAAGUGCGGAGUGACCCGGGAGCAGUCCGACGGCGAGGUGGUCGAGUCCCAGGCGCGCGUGCAGAGGGCGAUCAAGGCCGGCUUCUUCGCGGCCGAGAUCGUCCCGGUGCCGGUCAAGGGCCGCGACGGCCAGGUGACGCUCGUCUCCGACGACGAGUUCCCCCAGAAGAACACCACCCUGGAGGGGCUGUCCAAGCUGCAGCCCAGGUUCAAGCCGGGCGGCACGGUGACGGCGGGUAACGCCUCUGGCAUCAACGACGGCGCGGCGGCCCUGGUGCUCAUGUCCGGCGCGGAGGUCGCCCGCAGGAAGGCCACGGUCCUGGCCAGGAUCGUGGCGCACGCGACCGCGGGCUGCGAGCCCGACCUCAUGGCCUACGGGCCCGUGCCCGCCGUGGAGGCGCUCCUGAAGAAGACUGGCUGGUCCCGCGAGGACGUGGACCUGUGGGAGCUGAACGAGGCGUACGGUGGCUCGACGGUCGCCGUCAACCAGUGCCUCAAGCUGGACGACGCCAAGGUCAACGUGCUCGGGGGCGCCGUGGCGCUGGGCCACCCCAUCGGAGCUUCCGGCGCGCGGGUGCUGGUCACGCUGGUGCACGCGCUCACCAGGACCGGCGGCAAGAGGGGCAUCUGCUCGCUGUGCAUCGGCGGCGGCAUGGGCAUCGCCAUGGCCGUGGAGUGCGUUUGAGAGCCGAGGAGUGAGGGCGCUACCGGAACGACAUGGUUUCGAUAUCGCUUCUCAACAUCGCAUGAUUUCUCAAUGGGGCAGAAGCAAUCAUAUUUUUUUAGACAGUCCCCAAGACUGCCCAGAAGGUGAAGAUACUCCCCCUCCCCCUCCUCGUUUCCACCUCCCUUUAUUUCUGUCUCCCUCUGUCCACAUCCCCGCAGCGGUAAAAAAUUUUCAAUCGUCACAAAUAUAUACAAAUUUACGGAAAAAAAACACUUUCGCAGAAUGGUAUAAUAGUUCAUGUAUAAAACAGUCAACAGUGAAAAGAACACGACGACAACAAGUGUGGCACUAAUAAUGUCAUGUCCACAAGAGAGAGUCGAGGCAGCACCCUUAAUCGAUGCACGUGGUGAGAGCGGGAUCGCUACUGUUGCCUGACCCAAAUAACAUUUGCAUUCACACUUGUUAUCGAACCUCAUUCAUAAAACAAUCAACCCACCUGUGUGCCAAACCGGCCCAACCUCUACGACGUCGGGAACAAACGGGCAUUUAUGCAGCACGACUAAAUUUUGCUCGACUUUUGUAUACUCAUCUGCUCUGAUAGUUCGUGUUUUCCGAGCUUUUUAUUUUUUUUGCAUUAUAUGUUUUUGUAAUAAUAAAAUACAUGCCAUCUCAUUAA